GGAACUGGCUUAGCUUUAGCGCGGCCAGGUGAGGUGAGGUGACUUGACUGAUAUUUCAGUGUGGUCUACUUUAGCGGUGGAGUGAGUUCUCCGUUGGUGCGUGUCCGAUUGCUUUUCAGAUUAAAUAUGUAAUAAAAAAAACUGCUGGAACCAAGCUUGCGGUAGCAUCAUCUUUAGUAGUUCAGUUGUUUAUUUCAGUUUUCUCUCAACUUGACAAGGUCGUGCGUUCUUGUCAGCAGAGAUUCAUUGCACAGUUGUUGCAGAACCGCGCGAACUGAUACGGUAAGAUAACAACGUCACCUAACGCAUGCUUUGCCCUCCGCCCGACUCCUCGUACUACUUUCCAAUAAGCCGCUGUCAAGAUAACAGUUUAUAAACAUUCCGAACCACUCGAUGCCAAAUUGUUAUAUUUAGCUGGCAACGCUGCUGUCUACGAAUAAUGCAAAAUGGGUCAAAGUGGAUACACUUGCGUUCGAUACAUUUUCUGCUACUUGAAUGUUUUACUUUGGUUAUCGGGUUGUGGGGUGGUGGGGGUAGGAGUUUGGUUGCACGUCUCACACACUGGCUACACGACCCUCCUCCCCCAAUAUGCACCGUUGAGUGCUGAUAUUCUGUGCAUCAUAGCGGGCAUCUCACUCUUCCUCAUCACAUUUUUCGGCUGCUGCGGAAGCUGGUUUCAGAGUCGAUGCAUGCUUGUAACUUACUUUUGUAUGGUGAUCUUCAUGUUCCUGUUGGAGUUUUUGUUUGCAACAUUGGCGUUUGUGUUUCGAGGGAAUUUGAGUUCAGUAUUGAAAGAUGAAUUAUUGGCUGGCAUCGAAUACCAUUACAGAAACCCCGUUGGCAAUGGUUUAGAGAAAAUAUGGAACAAAAUUCACAAUCAGUUUCAUUGCUGUGGAGUGACUGGUUAUGAAGAUUGGUUUGAUAUCAAAGCUUGGCCGGAGAAGAAAAUUGUGCCAGAUUCCUGCUGCAUCCCUCAGUACCAAAAUCUAACGUAUUGUGGCCAAGCAAAUAAUGCCGACUUUUGGUACAGCAAGGGGUGUGCUGAACAGGUGCAGAUGUGGUUUGUUCAGCGUUUACACAUAGUGGGCAUAGUUGGCCUUGUCGUCUGCUUCAUUCAGCUCUUUGGCUUGAUUUCGUCGAUGCUACUAUUUUGCACAGUGCGACAUAAGAGAUCAUCGCACACAUAUAAAUCCUACGACCACACUUCCUGACUAAACGAGGAGCUCAGGCCAGUUUGGAAUCUGCAAUGUGGCGUCGAUCUCAACUGAAAUGUCCAUUAGACAACUGGAUUUAACACUGCAGGUCUUAAUAUUUUAGCAGUAGGCUAUAUUGUAAAGCUUCUUUCCAACUAUAUAGUACAUUACCAUCACUUUCCACCAUCAUUUUCACCGCCUAGCAGGUUCUACUUUUGCUGUUCGAUCCACAACUGUUUUAGUAAACUUCUAUGAUUAUUUUUUCUUUAUGAUAGGACAUUUAUUAAAUCGGAUGAACCAUGAAAUCUAUAAUAAAUGUAUGAGUUUAAUGGUACAUUAGAUUUGAUAAGUAUCCAGAAAUUAAUUAUGUAAAUUAGAAUUCAACAAAACAUCCAAUCAUUUUGGUACAGUAAAUUAUCAACAAAUGAAGGAAAGUAUUUAAAAAUCAGAAGUUUCAUUGAGAUACCGUACAUUGUUGAGUAGUUGUGUGUACCUUCGUACUAGUAUGGAAGGCGCUCAGUUUUUCUAAAAGAUGAUAAUUUCUAAAGAUGAGGUGAAAUGAUGAGAAAGGUUUGGUCUAUCGUAUGCUAAAAUUUCAAGCUGUAGAAAAAUCAAACUUAUGUGUAUUAUGUCUUGUGAUAGGUACUGUAGUUGACAUUCCACUUCUCCAUACUAUAGAGUCUACAAAUAUCCCAGUAGGCUACUUCUACACGACACUAUAAUUUUUCAGUACGGUACCUACUUUACGUAAUUUUAUAAUUGAUAAAAUGAAUUUUAGAUAGAACUUAAUAUUGGGAUUUUAAAACCAUUUUUAAGCAUUCUGAUUAGUGAAUUAAUUGAUUUAUUAUAACGGUAGAGUACGGUACGGUUUCAUACUUUAUGCAGGAGAACAUGUAGUUUACAGUAAAUUAGGAUAUGGGAAAAAGAUGUUGAGAAAUGUCUAGUCAGAAUAUCAAGAAAUUUUCCAUAAUGAGACCCAGUAAAAUGUUCUAGAAGGAAUAUUCCAGGAUUCACAUAUUCACGCCAUGAAUUUUUCAUUAAAAUUAAAAGUAAAAAAUGUAACAAAACGUACACUCAACAAUGUCUGCCAAUGCUACGACAUUACUGAUUAAAGGUAGACGCACACAGAUCGUCAUCAGACGGACGGCACGCAUCAGACGGAUCGGAUUAUUAUAUUUGAUGCAUUGUUUUCAAUUGGAGUGCGCAUACCUAUCCGCAUCCUAUGCGCACUCCAAUUGAAAACAAUGCAUCAAAUCUAAUCAUCCGAUCCGUCCGAUGCGUGCCGUCCGUCCGAUGACGAUAUGUGUGCGCCUACCUACACAGUGAGAAGUCAAUUUCAGUUUGGUUCUUACGACAAGAAAACACUAUGAAAUAUUUCUUGCAUUCGCUUUAUAUUUUAAUUGUAUUAUUAUAAGUCACAAGUUAUACAAAAUUGUUGCCUCCCACUCGACAUGUAAUGUUGUAGCAUGUAAUCUCAAUAUGGCCGUUCUAAGCUGAAUAAAAGUGACCUGAUUUAUAUGAUUCCAAGUUAAUAGUUUUUCAGUUGCCAUUUGAUUGUCAGCUCUCUCUAUUCACAUGAGCAAAAAAAUCAAUACUAACAGUUGAUUUGAAUAAUUGUUAUGUAAUUAAUUUUUCGGAUAUUUUAAUGAUUCAUUCUAAGAAGUUAUCAAUUACAUAUAAUCAAUAUUUGAUAUAGGCCUGGUCAGUCUAAGUAAAAGUAAUUAAAAUUUUGGAAUGUAAUAGAAAUUCUUAUUAAUGUGAUUGAGCUCUUAAAAUCUCAAGCAACUCAACUGCAUGGUAACUUCACAGUAGCCUAUCCUAUUCUAUUAUAUCCUAUUAUAUUCUAUUCUGUUAUAUUCUAUGAGUAAUAUCUAGUUUAAAAUUACUUUUCAGUAGGUGAUUAAUUUUUAGUUCAAUGCUACAAUAGUAUGAGAGAUUCAGAUGUUCAAAAAUCAUUGUAAAUGUUUAAAAAUGUUAUCCAUUCCUUUGUUACCUAAGUUACAAUGAAAUUUUCGGUCUAUAAAUAUGACUUUCGGUCUUUUUAAAUUCAACGUACUUUAACAAAAUAAAUGUCGUAGGCCUACACUAUUUUUAAUUAAAAUAAAUUUUUAUUUUAUAUAGUUUUAUGUACCUGAACUUUACUCAGUUUAAAUGAGUAUAGGCCUAUACUCUGUCCAAAGAACGAUGAGCGCUGGAUGACUAAGCCGACCUUUGCUCCCCCACGCGCAGGCACACACGCCCGGCCUACCUGCGCCAUUGAUAUACUGUACUAUGUAUACUACGUAGUAUACAGGUUGACAGACCGUCCCUUUACUCAAACACACAAAAGGAGACUGCGCUUGUGUGUGUGUGAAUAGUAGGAGGGUCGCCCUAAUCCUUCAGAGCUCAUGCCAAUUUGGACAGAGUAUAAUUGGGAAAUACAGUGAAACCUCGUUCAUCUGGUAGGAACUUGCUUAUUUGAUAAUCCGGUAUAUCCCCAAUGGUUUGGAGAGAAAAAAUAAAAAAUAUCUCAGAAAAAGUAGCCCACAGUGCAAUUUACAACUUUCUGAACAGUGCUGCAUUUUUGGAGACGUGAAUUGUACUCGACACGGCAGUGUGUUGUGUUCUCCGCUGAUUGCGACUGUAUAGGCCUAGUGACUCACUCGCUUACUGAAAACAUUAUAAAUGAAAGAAAUUUACGAAAUCAAUUUUACAAUGUAUAUAACAUAUAAAGGCCUCCCAUCAAGGAAACGCAACUGCAAUGCGCUCAGCAUUUUUCUCUCAGAAAUGAGGAAAAUGGUUUAUCCCGCAUUAGCUUAUCCGUAAUGAUCCUGGUCCUAUAAAAACCGGUUAAACAAAUGCCUUACUGUAUUUAACUGUUCAAUUUAAUUUUUAAGUAAUAUUUAAUUGUUUAAGUAAUAACGAUCAAUAUUAAUGAGCUCAGAGUUGAAAAGAUCAGUUCAAUCAGUGUAGGUGUAAAUUGUGUUGGAACGGUUUCAUAGAUCAGAUUACACCAUUGCUGCAAGACGCUAGCAGGGCUCACUCAAUCCAUCUGCUUUAUUUUUUACUAGCAAUAAGGAACCCGUGCUCCGCAAGGAUCUAUUUUAACAUAAACUUGACGUAAUGAAAUAUUAAAGAAUUGAAAAUAGGCCUAUAAUCAUCCUUGGUUAAUUAAGAAUCUAUUUAUUAAAAAUUUCAAGUUAAUCAGUCCAGUAGUUCAGACAUGAUGAUGUGUCAAACAUAAUUUCCAUAUCCCGUACGUGUGCAAGCCAGUUCUUUCCUUUAUUAUACAUAUCUAUGUAGUAUAGAUAGUAAAGUGAAUUGGCUAAUGCUAGGGAAUUGAAGGGUUAAAUUUGCUUGACGAAUUAUGUUCUACUAAUCAGGUAUUGGAUAAAAACGUGUUAUUAUUGAAUUCAACCGAAAAUUUAAACAUACAGAAUGUUUCUGAACUCCCUAACAAUAUACUAGGGCAUUGUUCCUGGGUAAUAAACAUAAUAUUAUCUAAAUAUAAUUUUCAAACUGUCUGAAAGUCCUAAUAAGCUACUUUCCCAGCCGCCAAUUUUCAAUAAUAAUUAUUUUCAAUAAUUGCUAUAUUUUUCUAAAUAAUGGCUGAAUAUUUGGAAAAUUUGCACAAACAUUUAUGACUACUGGAAAGCGAGCUAUAAGAAUAUGACAAUUUUACAAAUUCAAAAAAAUAGAACAAAACGUCUGCCUUUUAAAAUUAAAUUUAACUAUAGAAUUUGAAUGAAGAACUUUUAGUUGAUUGUUAGUGUCUUUUGGGGGUUUUCACAUAACUCUAUGCAUUUUCUAUGAUAGAAAAAAAUCUACAAUAGUAAACGAAUUCUGUAAUACCAAAGUGCUGUAUUAUUGUUAUUUAUUAUUGUAAAUUUCCGUUUAGUUUAAUUAUAGUGAUUAUACAUGAUAUAUUUUUGUAAAUAUAGAAAAAAGGAAUAAACAAGAUUUUAUCACAAAUU